UGGACUGAGUUUAUUUUUUGUGUGCUAUUUGUUCCUCCUGCCACUAGGUGGUGUCUUGUUCUAAAAUUUAUGGUAGGCAUGUGACACUUACAGGAAGUCACCUUGAACAUUUGUUUUCAAUCAGGCCAGUUUGGCAUGGUAGAUUGAGCAGCUGGUGAAUCCAAGCUCAUCCUCUUUUGAUAUCACGUGUAGAAGCAUCGUCUUUUUACACCUUUGCAUGCUGUCAGUUUUAAUAAAUCUACAAAUCUGACCAGUGUGUUAUGGGAGUUAUCUGUCUGUCUAAUUGAAGAAGGGGAACUCUUUAAUGAGGGCAGAACAGUAAAAAGACGGACUCAACAGUGAUCUCUACCACAGUGAGUAAGAUAUCCGGCCUGUUCUACAUCUACCAGUUUCAAGAUGUCGGCAAGAGAAGAAAGGAGUUAUGAAACAAGGUCAGAGUGUUCACGUUCAUCUAAAACAUCAAAAUCAUCGAAGCACUCUGUGAGAUCUGCAGCUAGCUUGGCUGCAUUGGAAGCACGAGCUAAGGCAGAAGCUGCUCGGGCAAGAGCAUUGCAUGCACAAAGGGAGAUUGAUGUUAAGGUGAAAAAGGCUCAACUGAAAGUAGAGGAGACCCUUCUUGAUGCCACAUUGGAAGCCAUACAGCAAGAGAAGGAGGCCGAUGCCGCUUGUGCUGAAGCUAAUGUAUUGGAAUCGGCAGUGGACUUGGCAGCUAUGGGGGAGCUCACUGGAGUUCAUGAUGUCGACCCAGCCUCAUCCUAUCAUUCAGCUGAGAGAACAGAGAAAUAUGUUCAAGAACAGUACGCUUAUGUGAAAUCUAAUCAACGCACAGACGAUCCAAAGCAAGAUACAAGGGCUGAUUUUAGUCCCUUAGCAGCUGUUAACCUCAACUCUAAUGAUGAUUAGAUACAUCAUGAGCCAAGCCAAGGUGAGAGUCAACGUUUGUCUGUGAAAGCCACAAUGCCAGCUGCAACAGCUGCUUAUUCAAAACGGCCGUCAGUGCAAUUCACACCAAAAAGAGAAGGUGGAUUUAUCGGAUCACACUCAGCAUCUGAACCAAAGAACCGAUGGACUCCCAGACAAGAUACAGUGGAUUACAUCUAUCCACAGGGAGGAGAAUCCAGUGCAAAUGUCUCAGUGCUGGGAAGGUUCUUAGCUCGCCGCGAGCUACUUACAGCUGGACUCACAAAGUUCAAUGACAGACCCGAAGAAUACUGGGCUUGGAGGUCUGCCUUCCGUAACGCUACUGAAGAUCUGGGUCUGAAGCCUAGUGAGGAACUUGACCUGCUGAUUAAGUGGCUUGGUCCGGAAUCUGCAGAUCAUGCAAGGAGAGUGAGAUCAGUUCGUAUCAACUACCCUCGUGAGGCCCUUAACAUGGUCUGGCAAAGAUUAGAGGAGGUUUUUGGAUCACCAGAGGCCAUGGAGACGGCUCUCUUUAACAAGCUUGAGCGGUUCCCCAAGUUCUCCAAUAAAGAACCCAAGCAGCUACGAGAACUAGGAGACCUUCUCCUAGAGAUACAGGCAGCCAAGGAGGAUGGGUUCCUGCCUGCCUUGGCUUACCUGGACACAGCGCGAGGCAUUAACCCUAUCCUGGAAAAAUUGCCAUUCAACCUGCAGGAGAAGUGGAUGGUGCACGGUACGAGUUAUAAAGAAAAACACCACGUCAUCUUUCCACCCUUCUCCGUGUUCGCUGACUUCAUUCGUGCAGAAGCAAGGAUGAGGAAUGAUCCGAGCUUUGCUGCCGCAGCUCCCAGCAACAUGACACCUAGAGGUGGGAAAUUCUUACCAAGGUCAGCUAAAACCCUGAUAGCCGUGCAUAAAACAGAGGUGGACAAUCCUGCUAAGGGGAAUGAGACCAUGGGUUCAGACAACCUGAAGAAAGAGUGUCCUAUACAUAAAAAGCCCCACCCCCUAACUAAGUGUAGAGCCUUUAGAGCGAAACCGCUGGACGAGCGUAAGGCCUUUCUUAAGGAGAAUGGCAUAUGCUUCCGUUGUUGUUCCUCAACCUUCCACCGAGCUAAGGACUGCAAGGCUAUCAUCCAGUGCUCUGAAUGCAACAGCGAUAAGCACAUUGCAACCCUUCAUGCUGGCCCUGCACCAUGGUUGACAAGGCCAGCUAGCGGCCCCUCCGAAGACCAUGGCGGGGAGGGAGAGGAAUCUACUCCUGCUUCAGUCACUACCUCAAUCUGCACAGAGGUCUGUGGAGACAGCGCAACAACCAAGUCAUGUGCCAAAAUCAGUCUGGUCUACGUAUAUCCUAAAGACCAACCUGAGAAGAAGACAAGAGUGUACGCCAUCCUAGAUGACCAGAGUAAUAGAUCACUAGCCAGGUCAUCGUUCUUCGAGAUGUUCAACAUAGCCGACAACACCUCGCCCUACACACUUAAAACUUGUGCAGGUGUGUCCGAGGCUGCCGGCCGCAGAGCCAGAGGGUUUAUCGUGGAGUCGGCUGAUGAAAAGACCAGUCUAGCUCUGCCUACACUCAUCGAGUGUGAUCAACUUCCUGAUAAUAGGGCGGAGAUUCCCACCCCAGCUGCUGUGAUGUACCAUCCACAUCUGAAGUUCCUAGCCUCUAAGAUACCUCCUCUUGACCCAAAGGCUGAGGUCUUACUUCUUUUAGGAAGAGACAUGAUUCAGGUGCACAAGGUCCUUGAACAGCGAAAUGGCCCCCCACAUGCUCCUUUUGCCCAGCGAUUAGCCCUCGGCUGGGUGAUAGUAGGGGAUGUGUGUAUUAAUGGUGCACAUGUACCUUCGCCUGUGAGCACCUACAGAACCUACAUUCUUGAGAAUGGGCGUCCUAGCAUUCUGUGUCCUUGUCUCAACAAGAUCGAAAUCAAAGAGAAGCUCAACCCCACUUACCAGUUCCAGAAUCCUUCUGUCUUAGAACAACCAUCCUUGCCAAAUGACAAAACGCGACUCAUGGGGGAGUCCAUCUUCUGUCACACAAAGGACGAUGAAAAGACAGCUCCAUCUAUGGAAGAUAUUGCUUUUCUGAGAAUUAUGGAGAAGGAACUGAAACAGGGUGAUGACAACAGCUGGCAGGCUCCACUCCCCUUCCGCAACCCACGCCAGCGUCUGCCAAACAACCGCAAGCAGGCAAGGACCCGUCUCGCUACAGUCACCAGGACACUUAGGAAACACCCGGAGAAGAGAGAGCAUUUCACUGAGUUCAUGAGCAAGCUCUUCGAGAAUGGACAUGCUGAAGUGGCACCACCUUUACGACCAGAUGAGGAGUGCUGGUAUCUACCGUUCUUCGGAGUAUAUCAUCCUCAGAAGCCUGGAAAGGUGAGAGUGGUAUUCGACUCCAGUGCACAACAUCAAGGGGUGUCCCUCAAUGAUGUUCUCCUCACGGGCCCAAACAUGAACAACAGUUUGCUCGGGGUACUGCUGCGGUUUAGGAGGGAGCCAGUGGCAGUGACGACUGACAUCCAGCAGAUGUUCCAUUGUUUUGUCGUACGUGAGGACCAUCGGAACUUUCUGCGCUUCCUCUGGCAUCGCAAUAAUAACCUGGAUGAUGACGUCAUUGAGUACAGGAUGCGCGUACAUGUUUUUGGAAAUAGCCCAUCACCAUCCGUGGCCACAUACGGGCUACGAAGAGCUGCUGCAGAGGGAGAGAGGGAGUAUGGCACAGAGGCCAGGCUGUUUGUUGAAAGGAAUUUCUAUGUUGACGAUGGCCUUCUGUCUGUCCCUUCAGAAGAGGAAGCCAUCACUCUUCUUCAUAAUACUCAAGACAUGCUGGCCCUCUCCAACCUCCGGCUUCACAAGAUAAUGUCAAACAGGGUGGCUGUGAUGAGAGCCUUCCCUCCUGACGAUCUGGCUAAGGGGAUGAAAGACCUGGAUCUCAGCACAGACCCCCCUCCCAUGCAGAGAAGUUUAGGGGUGAGCUGGGACAUUUCUGAUGAUGUGUUUACCUUCCAAGUUGCUGAUGAGGAGAAGCCUUACACCAGACGUGGGGUCCUUUCAACAGUAAAUAGUCUGUUUGACCCGGUGGGCUUCGCUGCACCUGUAAUCAUCCAAGGAAGGUCCAUACUGAGGGAGCUCACCACAGAGUUAUGCGACUGGGAUGCCCCUCUUCCUGAGGAAAAGUACAGAGACUGGAAACUGUGGAGGGAUUCUCUGAAGGAGCUUGAACGGCUUAAGAUCCCGCGCCAAUAUACCUCCACCUCUCUCCGCCAAGCAGGGAAUAAGGACCUGUGUGUAUUCUGUGAUGCUUCCACUACUGCUAUAGCUGCUGUUGCUUAUGUUAGGACAACCACUGCGAACGGCAACGUGGAGGUUGGCUUCGUAUUCGGCAAGGCGAAACUUGCUCCAUGUCCAGAAACAACAGUUCCAAGGCUCGAGCUGUGUGCUGCGGUUCUGGCGGUAGAGGUUGCAGACGCAAUUGUAGAUGAGAUGGACACCAUCUUUGGCGCCGUGACCUUUUACUCGGAUAGUAAAGUGGUCCUAGGCUACAUUCACAAUGAAUCGAGACGAUUCUACGUCUAUGUGAGCAACAGGGUGCAGCGCAUUAGGAGGUCAACAAGCCCUAAACAAUGGAAGUACGUGCUCUCCGACCAAAACCCUGCUGACCACGGCUCUCGAGCAGUCCCAGCAGGCAGCCUAGCUCACACCACAUGGCUGCGUGGACCACCAUUUCUGUUGAUGUCAGCUGAUGUUGAACCUACACCUAGUUCCUUUGACUUGGUCAACCCUGGCUCUGACUCGGACGUCCGCCCACAGAUCACUUGUCAUUUCAACAGGGUUACCAGCGAAAAACUUAGCCCUAUGCGUUUUGAGAGGUUUUCCAGCUGGCGGUCACUCAACCGAGCGAUUGCUAAGCUCAUGCAUGUUGCCCACUCCUUCACACAGGGGAACAGCUGCAGGGGUUGGCAUAUCCAUGAAGGGCCCUGUCCCACAGAAGACUUGGAGAAAGCGAGAAACGUCAUAAUUCGGGCUGUCCAACAAGAUGCCUUCGCGGAGACAUUGGAAUGCAUUCGGGAAGGAAAAGCCAUUCCUAAGCAAAGCUCACUCCUCAGCCUGUGUCCUUACCUUGACAGUGCGGGCAUUCUCAGGAUAGGAGGACGCCUGUCCAAGGCAAACCUGGAUGGAAGAGAGGUUAGUCCUGUAAUCCUACCUGGGCAGAGCCAUGUCACAACUUUGCUCAUCCGGCACUAUCAUGAGCAGUUCCAGCACCAAGGACGGCACCUCACCGAGGGUGCUGUGAGAGCGGCAGGCCUGUGGAUUAUUAGUGGGAAACGGCGCAUCAGCAGCAUCCUUCAUCACUGCGUCACAUGCAGAAGGCUACGCAGGAAGAUGGAGACUCAAAAGAUGGCCGACUUACCUGCGGACCGCCUCAGCGAAGAUCCUCCCUUCUCAUUUGUGGGUGUGGACGUUUUCGGACCAUGGAUGGUCACAGCACGGCGGACCAGAGGAGGACUGGCUAGCAACAAAAGAUGGGCUGUGCUUUUUACGUGCAUGAGCACCAGGGCCACACAUAUAGAAGUACUAGAGUCAAUGGACUCUUCAAGCUUCAUCAAUGCUCUAAGGCGGUUCUUCUCAGUCAGGGGGCCUGCGAAACAGAUCAGAAGUGAUUGUGGCACCAACUUUGUCGGGGCCUGUAAGGAGUUGCAGAUAGACUCUGUGACUAGCGACAAGGAGGUGCAGGGAUAUCUCAGUGACAAUGGGUGUAAGUGGAUCUUCAACCCACCACACUCUUCGCACAUGGGGGGCAGUUGGGAGCGGCUAAUUGGACUGACAAGGCGUAUCCUGGACUCGAUGCUGUUGAAGGUCAGCCCAGCAAGGCUCACGCAUGAGGUCCUGACUACGUUAAUGGCAGAGGUCUCGGCUAUCCUGAACGCCCGUCCUCUGGUUCCUGUGUCCACAGACCCCGACGCCCCAUUCUUCCUGACACCAGCGACACUUCUCACACAGAAGGUCAGUGUCCUUCCUCCUCCCAAGGGUGAAUUUGAUGAGAAGGACCUCUACGGCAAGCAGUGGAGGCAGGUCCAAAGCCUCGCCAACACCUUUUGGCAUCGAUGGAGGACCGAGUACCUCCCCACUCUGCAGAGACGCAGGAAGUGGGAAAAGGAGAAAUGCAAUCUGAAAGAAGGGGAUGUCAUCCUCUUGAAAAAUGACCAGUUACAGAGAAACGACUGGCCCAUGGGCAUCAUCGUCAAGACCUUCCCCAGCACAGAUGGGAGGGUAAGGAAGGUGGAGAUCAAGACUACAAGGGAUGGAUCAAGCAAGACCUUUCUGCGGCCUGUCUCAGAGGUCGUCCUACUCCUCUCCCCAGAGACUGAUUAGGGUUUAUAGUUCCUUAACCCCCCUUGUUAAAGGUGGCAUCUUUUUAGAUACCAGGCGGGGAGUGUUCUGGACUGAGUUUAUUUUUUGUGUGCUAUUUGUUCCUCCUGCCACUAGGUGGUGUCUUGUUCUAAAAUUUAUGGUAGGCAUGUGACACUUACAGGAAGUCACCUUGAACAUUUGUUUUCAAUCAGGCCAGUUUGGCAUGGUAGAUUGAGCAGCUGGUGAAUCCAAGCUCAUCCUCUUUUGAUAUCACGUGUAGAAGCAUCGUCUGUGAGUAUUUUUGAAGGAUAUUGUUUGUACAAAUAUAUGAUGUUUAUAUUUUGACACAUUUAGCAAUUUAGUAAAGUAAAAAUUGUUGUUUAUU